AUGCUGAUUUACCCCACAGGCUCCGAUGCUGAUUUACCCCACAGGCUCCGAUGCUGAUUUACCCCACAGGCGCGGUGCUGCUUGGUGCUGGUUUACCCCACAGGCUCCGAUGCUGAUUUACCCCACAGGCUCCGAUACUGAUUUACCCCACAGGCUCCGAUACUGAUUUACCCCACAGGCUCUGAUACUGAUUUACCCCACAGGCACGGUGCUGAUUUACCCCACCGGUCCGUUCAUUUUGGUUCAAAUAAUCCUGGCCAACAUUUAACCUGUGUCGUAAUAUAAGUAACACAUUCAUACCAUACAGCCUUAGUGUAUAUAUUCUGGAGUCUUGUCAACUGUUGAAUUCUCGUGCUUGGUUCCUCUGACCAUCUCAGGUCAUGUUUCGGAUUACGGUUGAGGAACACACCGAUAUAUUUUUUUCUUCACCUGUGACUCGAAGCUCAAGUGGGUCCCGUUACUUAACAAAACUAACACCCAGCUCCCUGGAAACAUCAGAAUGUAUGCUGUUAAAAAUCACUUAUAAGAGUGAGUUUUUAUAUGAAGACACAUCUUUAGUUUCCUACCGGAGUUGUUUGCGGAAUUUACGGCUGGGCUGCUUAUUUGUCCCUGCGAGGACAUCCUGGACACCCCUGUAGAGGGCGAUGCACAUUCCUGACUCUGGGUUUCAGCAUUGCAUCUAAACACACAUUGCCGUGCGUGGGGCAUUCACUAGUACAGUUGCUCUAGGUCUGUGUGAUAAGGACAUUCCAGCAUGUUCCCCUGAGAUUGCAAGAGAAGAACGGGAACGUGGAACGUACAGUGAGCCAGCCGAGACUCCCAAAUAUCUGUGCUAUUCCCGACAUUCCAGUGAAGUGGUGAUGGCUACACCCUCAUCCUCCAUCCCUCCCUCUAUUCUGGAGAUUUGGCUGGAGUGGAUAUGUUAGAUGGUACUGGACAUGGAAGGCAAACCCAGAGGUGCGCACUCGGCUACUAAGAUUGGAUACGAAUCACAGAGUUUAUUUAUACGGUCGCCCAGUGUUGCCUUGGUGCAAUUGAGAAUGCCUGUUAAUCAGAGUAGCAUGCCCAUACCCCGCAUACCUUGCAUGUUGAACUUGGGCAUCUCUUCUUCUGCAAGAGUACCCUGCUCCACCCCUCCUGAGUUUAUUUUUGACAUGGAAGCAUGGCACUCCCAGUUUAGCACACUCAGCUGUUGGGGGAUUGAGCCUCUUUGAAUGAAGUCAGCUGUGCCGGAUACGGCUUAAGCAUAAGGUUGUAGUCAGGCAUUUGAACCAAAAAUGUGAGUCCCAUAUCUGUUCAUUAACAACACUGAUAGGCCGUGAACCUUGCAGUAUCAGUCAUAAGAAACUAGCUUUCCAGAUGCUGUGCUUUUGAGUCUUUGCUCUGUUCACAUUUGAACAGUGGACACCACUAAAUACAGGUGUGGACGGGGGAAGAUGCGUCCAGGACUGGUGUGUGUCUUCAUUACGUUUGUAACGUGAACUGUAAUGCAUCCUAGACAACAUCAAAAGACUGCAGAGUCACCAGUGUUGCCAGAUCUAGCUUUAGAGUCCAAUCCUUCAGACCAUGCUCGUGCUAGCACCAUCUUCCUCAGCAAGUCACAAACAGAUGUCCGGGACAAGAGGAAAAGCAAUCAUAUAAACCAUGUCUCUCCUGGUCCCCUCUCCAAAAAAUACAGCUCCUGCUCGACAAUAUUCAUCGACGAUAGUACAGUCAGCCAGCCCAACCUGAAAAGCACAAUAAAAUGUGUUACUUUAGCAAUAUAUUACCAUAUUAAAAACAGGGACUCUGACAGAUCACUGGACAUAUUUGAUGAGAAGAAGCAUCCUCUGUCUAGGGAGCAAGUUCCUGAUGACUACUCGCGCACAGACCCGGAGCACAAACUCAUCUACCGAUUCGUCAGGACGCUGUUCAGCGCUGCUCAGCUGACCGCCGAGUGUGCCAUCGUCACCCUGGUGUAUUUGGAACGGCUGCUGACGUACGCUGAGAUGGACAUCUGCCCGUGCAACUGGAAGAGAAUCGUUCUGGGCGCCAUCUUACUAGCCUCCAAAGUCUGGGAUGAUCAGGCCGUGUGGAACGUAGACUACUGCCAGAUCCUCAAAGACAUCACUGUUGAAGACAUGAAUGAGAUGGAGAGGCACUUCCUGGAGCUCCUGCAGUUCAACAUCAACGUUCCGGCUAGCGUCUACGCCAAGUAUUACUUUGAUCUGCGCUCGCUGGCAGACGACAACAACCUGAAUUUCCCGCUGGAGCCUCUGAGCAACGAGCGCGCUCAGAAACUCGAGGCGAUCUCCAGACUGUGUGAGGAUAAGUACAAAGAUCUGAGCAGAGCCGCCAUGAGGAGAUCCUUCAGUGCCGACAACCUGGUGGGGAUCCGCAGAUCCAACGCCGUGCUCUCCUAGACCACGUCCGCUCGUGUUCCCUCGGUCACGAUCAUAACCCACUCGACCAGUCUCCUUCCUGUCCUCCGGUACAGAUCUCUCACCGGUGUCGUCCCCUGCGACAACCCCACGACAUGUCUACAUCGAAACAAAAACUGACUCGAGAGUUUUGUUUUUCUUUCCUUUUUUUUUUUUUUUUUUUUUUGUUGCUUUUUGCUUACUAUGUAGGCUACUAGCUGUGAAAUUUGUCAGUUUUUAAUUGAAAUCAAUUGCAGAUGGAGUAUUUUAAAUAAACACUAAUCAUGUAAAAAUGUU